GUCGAUUCGUGUUACUGUGUUGUAUCGCUUGCCACAUGGAUUUGCGCACCAUACAAACCAUUCGUAGAGCGCACAUAAGAGGGGUGCACCGACACUGAAUCACUCUUCAACGGUUAGUUACCAUUUGUCUGGUUCAAGCGAUAACACUGCGUGCUUACAUUUUUCGUCCAGGCACAUCACGUGUUACAUUAUUUGGAUUAUCACAAUAUCGCGCGAAUAUUUGAUAGUGAUAUUAUAUAUUUUCGUGCAUUGCCGACGCGAUUUCAUACAUACACAAUGUGAAUAAAUUGAAUGAAAACAGUGAACCAGUGCAAAUUUAUAAAAAUACAAUUUAUUGAAAUAGUUGUAAUAUUUAAUAAUAAUAAUGAAAAUCGAGCAAUUUUUUUGCUAAAACCAUACAAACAAAAAAAUCAGUGAUCAAAUCGGAUACUCAAGUGAUAUAUUAUAAGUUUUAACGGUAUUUUACGUACCACUAAAGUGUUGGAUCAUCACAAAAUUAUGGAAUUGUAGCACAUGCACAUUAUUUAAAAUGCACAAAAGCGAUAUAAUCAGCUCAAAUACCAACAAUUUAUACAAUUCGGAUAGAGUUCCACUCAUACAUUUGGACCAAUUACCAAAAAUUCUAAUAUCCACGAUACCAAGAUGUGGUGGAUGUCAUGAACUCAUCUUAGACCGAUUUAUAUUGAAAGUUCUGGAACGAACGUGGCAUGCAAAGUGUUUGCAAUGUAGUGAAUGCCAUGUUCAACUGAACGAGAAAUGUUUUGCCCGAAAUGGAUCAUUAUUUUGUAAAGAUGAUUUUUUCAAGCGUUAUGGAACCAAAUGUGCUGGAUGUGACUUAGGAAUACCGCCAACGCAAGUUGUGCGAAAAACCCAAGAUUAUGUCUAUCAUCUUCAGUGUUUUGCGUGCACGAUUUGUUCGCGCCAGCUAAACACUGGCGAUGAAUUUUAUUUGAUGGAAGACAGAAAAUUAGUGUGUAAACCCGACUACGAAACAGCUAAAUCAAAAGGUUUAUAUAUAGACGGAUCAUUAGAUGGUGAUCAUCCAAAUAAGAGACCUCGUACAACAAUUACUGCUAAACAAUUAGAAACGUUAAAAACGGCAUACAAUAAUAGUCCAAAACCAGCUCGCCAUGUUCGUGAACAAUUGUCACAAGAUACGGGUCUAGAUAUGCGAGUUGUACAAGUAUGGUUCCAAAAUAGACGAGCGAAAGAGAAACGCUUGAAAAAAGACGCCGGACGAACGCGAUGGAGUCAAUAUUUCCGUUCAAUGAAAGGUGGCAGCUCGCCACGAUUAGAUAAAUUACUCGACAAGGACGAAUUGAAAGUGGAUUUAGAUAGUUUUAGCCACGAUCUAAGUAAUGAUAGCUAUAGUACGGUUACGAUGGGCUUAGAAGAUGGAACAUCACCACAAAGUGGCGGUCGUGUCUCUUAUUUGCAUGGAAGUGGAAAUACGCCGCCAUAUUUAUCAAGCUAUUCACCGCCGCCAAUGGGAUCAGGACACUCAUUCAAAUCAUAUCCAGACAAUAUUGUUUAUACUUCAAUCAAUGGUUAG